CCGGGCGGCCGCCGCCGAGAGAGGCGCGUCUUCCAUCCUCCUCCCCCUCCUGCCUCCCUCUCCACCUCUCUCCCCUCCCUCCUCUCCGCCCUCUUCUCCCCCCACCCCACUCGCUCCUUUUUCUGCUCCCCAAGUGAGCCCGGCGCGCGAGAGGCAGGCGGGGCGGCGCGGAGAAGGCAGCCCAGCGCGCUCGCCCACCGCCCGCUCCUUGCAGCUCCCGGUUGCCGCUCUUGCUGCCGCGGCCGGCGCGUCGGAGGGAGCCCAGCAUGGCCGGGCAGGGCUCGCAGCGCCGCGCGUCCCGGGGGGCCUCGGCGCUCCUCGCCACCGCGUUUCUCUACGCCGCGCUGGGGGACGUGGUGCGCUCGGAGCAGCAGAUUCCACUCUCCGUGGUGAAGCUCUGGGCCUCGGCUUUUGGUGGGGAGAUAAAAUCCAUUGCUGCUAAGUACUCGGGCUCCCAGCUUCUGCAAAAGAAAUAUAAAGAAUAUGAGAAAGACGUCGCCAUAGAAGAAAUCGAUGGCCUCCAACUGGUGAAAAAACUGGCAAAGAAUAUGGAAGAGAUGUUUCACAAAAAGUCUGAAGCAGUGCGGCGUCUUGUGGAGGCUGCAGAAGAAGCACACCUGAAACACGAAUUCGAUGCAGACUUACAGCCACAACCAUGGGGCGGCACCAGGAAGAUCCAGGGACCAUUUACUUGUCACACUUGACUUCAGUGUGCCUCCUCUUCAGAGGGUUUGC